ACAAGCCAGGUGCUGAGAUGGCUACUUGUAAUAGAACAAAUCUGGCAUCUAAAAAGGAAAUUGCGUCCCUUUUCUUGCUUCCACGCUAUCUGCUUUUAGGUUUAGAACUGGGUUUUUCAGAUCCCAGAGACUUGCACUGGGCUUUUUAUCUUUUUAACUGUUGGAUGAGCUGACGGCGCUUUGCUCCAAGCUGGAAAAGAUCCGUGUGUGGAGCAGUUGUGUGUUUGUGCAGGUUCAGUUCUGCUGGGGCCUCCAGUAGCUUCUUUAAUCUCAAUGCAGUUGUGGAGGAAGCUCAGUGGAGAAAAUAAAAGUAUGAAAGUGUGUUUGAGUGGAAGACGGGGAUUUUCUCAUUGGUGUUGGAAGCUCCUUUGUGCCGUGUUCAGGUACCGGGGGUCACAACUUGUUUUUUUGAGACUGUUUCCUAGGACGAUUCCUUCUCCAUUCCUAAUAAGAUCAGAUCUUUUUUUUCUUCUGUGUUCUAAAGGACCUUGUUUUGGCUCCAACACAAAAUCUAAUUUGGCUCUAGCAAUCCAUAGUGUUCAGCUUGCUCCAGAGGAAGCCCUGGAGACGAAGAGCCUAGCCCAGCUAGAGAACCUGUGCAAGCAGCUGUAUGAGACCACGGACACGGCGACGCGGCUGCAGGCGGAGAAAGCGCUGGUGGAGUUCACCAACAGCCCCGACUGCCUGAGCAAGUGCCAGCUGCUGCUCGAGAGAGGGAGCUCAUCCUACUCGCAGUUAUUGGCAGCUACAUGCCUUACAAAACUCGUGUCACGCACAAACAACCCUUUACCAUUGGAACAACGAAUAGAUAUUCGGAACUAUGUGCUCAACUACCUUGCUACCAGGCCUAAGCUGGCGACGUUUGUCACACAAGCGCUGAUCCAGUUGUACGCCAGGAUCACAAAGCUGGGCUGGUUUGACUGUCAGAAGGAUGAGUAUGUCUUCAGGAACGUGAUCACAGACGUCACAAGGUUUUUACAGGAUAGUGUCGAGCACUGCAUCAUAGGAGUGACAAUCCUGUCCCAACUAACGAAUGAGAUUAAUCAAGUAAGUGCUACAGCCUUCCUCAGUGAAGCGGAUACUACUCAUCCACUGACCAAGCACAGGAAAAUAGCCUCGUCCUUCCGAGAUUCAUCCUUAUUUGAUAUUUUCACGCUGUCAUGCAAUUUACUGAAACAGGCUUCUGGGAAGAACCUGAAUCUAAACGAUGAAAGCCAGCAUGGGCUGCUCAUGCAGCUCCUUAAGCUCACGCAUAACUGCCUGAACUUUGAUUUCAUUGGCACAUCGACAGACGAGUCCUCGGAUGAUCUUUGCACUGUGCAGAUCCCAACCAGCUGGAGAUCAGCAUUCUUGGAUUCUUCGACCCUUCAGUUGUUUUUUGACCUUUAUCAUUCCAUCCCUCCUUCGUUUUCUCCUCUGGUUUUAUCGUGCUUGGUGCAGAUAGCCUCUGUGCGCAGAUCCCUCUUCAACAACGCCGAAAGAGCAAAGUUUCUAUCUCAUCUCGUGGAUGGAGUUAAACGAAUACUGGAAAACCCCCAGAGUUUGUCAGACCCAAAUAACUACCACGAAUUCUGCCGAUUGCUGGCCCGGUUGAAAAGCAAUUACCAGCUGGGAGAACUGGUGAAGGUGGAGAACUACCCCGAGGUCAUCCGGCUCAUCGCCAACUUCACCGUCACCAGCCUGCAGCACUGGGAGUUCGCACCCAACAGCGUCCACUAUCUGCUGAGCUUGUGGCAGCGCCUGGCUGCGUCCGUGCCCUACGUUAAAGCCACCGAGCCUCACAUGCUCGAAACGUAUACGCCAGAAGUCACAAAAGCGUACAUCACGUCCAGGCUGGAGUCUGUGCACAUCAUACUGAGGGAUGGUUUGGAGGACCCGCUGGAUGACACUGGCCUUGUGCAGCAGCAGCUGGACCAGCUCUCCACCAUCGGGCGCUGCGAGUACGAGAAGACCUGCGCUCUGCUCGUGCAGCUCUUCGACCAGUCAGCCCAGUCCUACCAGGAGCUGCUGCAAAGUGCCACCGCCAGCCCCAUGGACGUUGCUGUGCAGGAAGGGCGCCUGACGUGGCUCGUCUAUAUAAUCGGGGCAGUGAUUGGCGGUAGGGUCUCGUUCGCCAGCACGGAUGAGCAGGAUGCGAUGGAUGGCGAGUUGGUUUGUCGGGUGCUGCAGCUGAUGAACCUGACGGACUCGCGGCUGGCGCAGGCCGGGAAUGAGAAGCUGGAGCUGGCCAUGCUGAGCUUCUUCGAGCAGUUCCGGAAGAUCUAUAUCGGAGAUCAGGUGCAGAAGUCUUCCAAGCUGUACCGCCGUCUCUCAGAGGUCCUGGGCUUGAACGAUGAGACGAUGGUCCUGAGCGUCUUCAUAGGAAAAAUCAUCACCAACCUGAAGUACUGGGGCCGGUGCGAGCCGAUCACCUCCAAGACGCUGCAGCUGCUGAACGACCUGUCCAUCGGAUACAGUAGCGUCAGAAAGCUGGUGAAACUCAGCGCUGUACAGUUCAUGCUGAACAAUCACACGAGCGAGCACUUUUCCUUCCUGGGCAUUAACAAUCAGUCCAACCUGACUGACAUGAGAUGUCGGACUACGUUCUACACUGCACUUGGGCGUCUUCUCAUGGUGGAUUUAGGGGAAGAUGAGGAUCAGUAUGAGCAGUUCAUGCUUCCCCUCACAGCCGCCUUUGAGACUGUGGCGCAGAUGUUCAGCACAAAUACGUUCAAUGAACAAGAGGCAAAAAGAACUUUGGUUGGUUUGGUGAGAGACUUGAGGGGAAUAGCCUUUGCCUUCAAUGCCAAGACCAGCUUCAUGAUGCUGUUUGAGUGGAUCUACCCAUCCUACAUGCCGAUCCUACAGCGAGCGAUUGAACUCUGGUACCAUGACCCGGCCUGCACUACUCCUGUCCUCAAACUGAUGGCUGAGCUGGUACAUAACAGAUCCCAACGGCUGCAGUUCGAUGUGUCCUCACCGAACGGCAUCCUGCUCUUCCGAGAAACGAGUAAAAUGAUAACUACAUAUGGAAAUCGUAUCCUAACGCUUGGGGAGGUCCCAAAGGAUCAAGUCUAUGCCUUGAAGCUCAAGGGGAUUUCCAUCUGCUUCUCUAUGCUGAAGGCUGCACUGAGCGGGAGCUACGUCAACUUUGGGGUCUUCCGCCUCUACGGGGAUGAUGCACUGGACAAUGCCUUGCAAACUUUUAUCAAGCUUCUGCUUUCCAUUCCCCACAGUGACCUUCUGGAUUAUCCCAAGCUCAGCCAGUCAUACUAUUCCUUACUGGAAGUUCUUACCCAGGACCACAUGAACUUUAUCGCCAGUCUGGAGCCUCAUGUAAUCAUGUAUAUUCUCUCUUCCAUUUCAGAAGGCCUCACUGCACUAGACACCAUGGUUUGCACAGGCUGCUGCUCCUGCCUGGACCACAUUGUCACCUAUCUCUUCAAGCAGCUGUCGCGCAGCACCAAGAAGAGAACCACACCUCUGACCCAGGAGAGCGACCGCUUCCUGCACAUCAUGCAGCAGCACCCCGAGAUGAUUCAGCAGAUGCUGUCGACAGUGCUGAAUAUCAUCAUCUUUGAGGACUGCAGGAACCAGUGGUCGAUGUCUCGGCCUCUGCUCGGCUUGAUACUGCUCAAUGAAAAGUAUUUCUCCGACCUGAGGAACAGCAUCGUGAACAGCCAACCGCCGGAGAAACAGCAGGCGAUGCACCUCUGCUUCGAGAACCUCAUGGAGGGCAUCGAACGCAACCUCCUCACCAAGAACAGGGACAGGUUCACGCAAAACCUGUCGGCGUUCAGGCGGGAAGUGAACGACUCCAUGAAGAAUUCCACCUACGGCGUGAACAGCAACGACAUGAUGAGCUGACGUCUCCCGGCUCCACCUUGUACAGAGCAGCAUCUCUUUGGCCUGGCCCAGAGGGGUUCCCGUUUCCGAUGGAAAGAAAAGAGGGCGUUUCUACAUCCCUGCUCUCCCCCAGGGCUGGAUUGCGGCGCUCUCCUUUGGUUUUUUGGGCCGUACUCCACGUCCCGAGGGAGGAGGGAACAGGAGGGGUUGUUGAGCUCACCGGGCGCUUCUGUUUCCGUGGGAGGGGGUGGAAAAAGGGCAUAAAAGCCAAGCGCAAGAAUCCAGCAUCUCCCUACCCGAAUGUCUGCGUGGAACGCCAGCGCUCUGCUGCAGCCUGCCUUGUAUAAACAUGUACAUUUUUUCAUAACAUUUUGAACAAGGUUUAUAUUGACUCAGUUUAAAAAAAAAAAAAAAAAAAAGUUAAAAAAAAGGAAAAAAAAAAAAAAGAAAAACAAACAAAAAUAGUGUGAUUGAACUUUUUACAGAGUCCUGGUGCACCGGUGCUGGCGUGAGGGUUGCGAAUGCGAGUGAGGAAAGCGUGUCCUGCGGGCCUGAAGCUUUACUGGGCGAGGGGUGGGUGUGUGAAAGCGCAGAGAUCUAUUUAGUGACGAGCGUAGAGAGAAGCAAAAACAAUUAAAAAAAAAAAAAAAGGAAAAAAAAAAAAAAAAGGAAAAAAUUCAACAAAUGAUAAAAAAAGAAGGCGUUGUAAAAUUCCAAAUGUAUAUUUUUUCUUAUUAAGCCCCCUGAAAUCACAGCUCCCCGUUCCCAUCUUGCCCUUGUUAUUAGGAACUCGAAGCCAUGCCGCGUGGUCUCUCAUCCGUGCUUGCUCGUGGGUGUCCCCCGCCCCCCGUAGCCGCUGUCCCCUGUCCCGUAGGGCUCUCCCCCCGCUCCAUCUCCUCUUUCUUUUCCUUUAUCCCCCCGUUUCAGUGGAGCAGUGGGAAGCUGCGGCCCAGCUCCCCAGAGCCGCUGCAGCCGCCCCGGAGGCUUCUUAAUAACAAGGUUUGCCCGGCAUGAAGUAUUUAACACCCCCUUUAAAAUUCAUUUUUCAAUUUCUUUUCCCCUAAGUCACCAUAAUCACAGUUUUGGGUAUCAAACAGGAAAGCUGAUGGGUGGGGGGGAACCUGUUUGCCUUGUACUUUUCCCACUAUUGUUGCUGCUAGUCGUGUGCAUCCCCUUGCUCAGCUCUACCCACCGACACUCACUCCUUAGGGCUUCAGUUUCUCUUCCCAGCCACCACCUACUCUUAAUUUUAUUUCCCUUUUUUUUUUUUUUAAUUUUAUUUUUAAACUUUGUUUUCUUUCCUCUGGCGAUUGUGUGUUGGGUCCUGUUUUUUUUCCGCGUGAGCAGAUUGCUGGUUGACUUGUAAGGGUGUUUGCUGCAUACAGUGUAAAGCAUUUGUGACUGCAAAUAAAACUUCAAUGGUUUCUACUGA